AUGUUGUGGAAUUUUUCAAUAAUUUCUAUCACAAUAAUCCUCACAGCAGCAAUCAACCCAGGCCUUAUAUUCUCAAGAAACAUGAACGAUAUAACAACCUACAUCAAAGAGCUGCUCCCUAACAUGUUCCUUGGUAUCUCCUCAGGCAAGCUCAGCCCAAUCUUCUACAACUCUUAUGAUGGUUUUCGAGAAAUUACCAUGAAUAUCACCAAUAUUUACCUUGUUAAUGCUAAAGUGAUUCCACAAGACACAGUCAUUCAGUUGACUUCUCCGUCUUAUCUAUAUGUCUUAUUUCACGAUUUUCAAGGAAAUAUCUCCUUUGAUUACCAAGAGCUUGGCUUUGCUAUAAAUAACACAGGGCAUGGAAAUGCCGUUAUGAAUGACGCUCAAUUGUAUUUUAACCUGUCUUUAUUUGAAAUAAACUCGAUUCCACAGGUAAAAAUGGAAUAUUUGAUAUUAAAUGUGACGUCCCUAGAUUUAAAUUUGCCUUUAAACCAAAAAGUCCAAGAUACUAUUGAGCAAAACCUUGUAUCUUUGUUGCAAACACAUGCAAAUGCAGCAUUUGCGAGUUCUUUUGAAAGCCAAAUUAAUUUUUUCUUUCAGCAUUUUAAUUAUUAUCCGAGGCUGGUUUUUGGGGUUCCUUUUGUGGUUGAUAUAUCGUGAGCUAAUAAUGAGGUGAUUGUGUCUGAUGAAUAUAUGGCAUUUGUGUAUAAUGGGACGAUUUUGCCAUCUAAGGGGAAUGCACAGCUGAUAAGUGAGAUAGCGCCACCUGUGGAGAUGCCGACGAGAAAUUUGGAUCCGAAAUCAAUAAAUAAUACCCAGAUUUUUAUGUCGGAGUAUAUGAUUAAUUCGUAUUUUUGGGCAAUUUGGACCGCAUAUGCUGCUUUAUAUUUUUUUUAUUAUUAGAUUUAUUAAGAUAGCAGUGAAAUUUUUUUAUUUUUUUAAUAUGAUAAAAAUUAGUCUUACAAAGAAAUUAAAUUAAUAAUUUAUACCCAAAUUUCCUUGUGAGCUCUUUUCCUGCAAGCUUCAACAUACAACUAGUCUCAAACUCUGGGUAUUUUCCUGAAGUUUAUUCACAUUUUGGAACAACUCCUAUGCAAAUUAAUAUUACAUACGGCUCCAUCCCAUACAUAAAAUCUAUUCCUAAUCUAGGUCUGCAAGGAAAUUUAAUUGUAAAUGCCAAUGUAAUGGCAAUGGAUAAAGAUGAAUUUAUAUCAGCUUUUAAUGCCACAGUUCAGCUGCAAUAUUUAAUCAAUGUUUAUAUUGAUGGAAAUUACUAUUUAAAAGGCUAUCCCUUACGACUAAAAAUUAUUUCAAUUGAUAUUGUUAAUAGUAAUGUUGACGCUGUAAGCCAUUAUUACCUUGGAAGACUAAUUUUUGAUUUAUUUCAAAAUCUUGCGAAUACGAACAGCUAUUAUUUUUUCCCACAAAUAAGGCUGCCAUAUAUGCUAGGGACUAUUUUUAGUAAUUUCCAUGUUCGGUAUAUGCAAGGGUAUCUAGAAGUAGAUUAUGCGACUGUUGAUGUAGAUUCUGAUAAUAGUGAUUUAAUAAAUAAUUAUUUGUAA